CUAUCAUUUCCUAUCUCUAUGGUGUUUUACCAUCAUGGCAUAGUGCGCACGCUCGUUCGUUUUUCUCUAUCCCUAAACCGGAACUAUGGGGUUGCUACGGAAACGAAUUAGACGCUACUCGACGGCUUGGAGAGAAAGAAAGCGCGAACGCGCCUGAGGCAGGCAGACCAAAAAUAGGAAGAGUGGCAAGCCUGCCUCUAGGGGAUCAAUUCUGCACAACAGAGCACAGCAAUGAGAGGGCAACAAAAGCUGCAGUGAUCCUGAACGUUUUCCUGAAAUAUUGCCAUGUAUGAAGCAAAGGAAAGACAGAAGUUUAUCAGUGAUGCUCAAUACCUAAGAGAGAUGCAGCACAAGAUGGAUUCAGAGUAUCAGGCUUGCCUGAGAAAACAAGAGCACAUUAAAGACCAGUCUGAUAAAAAACAAGAACACAGCAGACAAGAACUGAGGCAGAGAAGUUUAUCAUCUAUUUCUCCAGUGCGUAGAUAUGAAAGGCCAUGGAUUUCAAGACUUCCUGUUAAUAGACAGAUCCCAUCUGACGAAAUUUCUGGAAGUGAUCCAAAAUCAAAUGUAAAAUCUCAUGGGAAUAAAUCAGAAGCUAAAUUUCCUGCCAUUGACAAAACAUCUGUUAAACAGAAGCAAAAAUCAAGCUCAAGCAUGAAAAAAAAUGAAAAAAGUGGGUCUGGCCCCAAAAAAGAUGUGCAAGGUUUCCCAAAGUCAAUUUUAUCAAGAAGACAACAAAUGAACCAGAGAAAUAUGCUGGAAAAUCCAGACUCUGAAACUAUUAGAAAAGCAGAAGGAAAAGGAAGGAAAACACCAAUGCUCCAAGGAGUAGCAAAGAUUACUAGAGGAUCUGAACCACAAAAUGUCACAGCACAAAGAAAUGGUCCUAUUCAGAAGACAAAGAAAAAACCUCAAGAAAAAAAGAACAUGUUCCUGUCCUCUAAGUUAAACAUAAGUAAUAAAAAUCUAGACCAGGAUCUUAAGAAAGGAAAUAUUCUUACAGUAGUACAGCAAUCCUUGGCUAAUUCAGUGGAUUCUUCUGUUCAGACUGCUAAUAAUUCUUCUAUAUCAAAUGAAUCAAGUAAUUCAAAUCUUCCACCCAUUAGAAAUACCCUUAUAAAGCCCAAAGAAGAUGAUUUUUACACAGCACUAUGCUCAAAUGUGGAAGCAUCUGUUGGAAUAAAUGACACUAAAAAUGAUAACUUAGAACAAGAUCUUUCAGUUGAUCUUAACAAACCUCCUCUUCUUGAUCAAAGUAGAGGUAGUGCGAUAUCUUUAACACAAGUGGAACAACAUAAUUGUGAAACUGUAGUUGGGAGUGAUGGAAAUAGGGCUGAACUUUCCCAUAGAUUUUUACGACAACAUGAUGUAAUAGUGGAUUCACAUUCAGUAGGUCAAAGAAAAGUAAGAGAUCAAAAAAAAUCUUAUUCUCUUGAAGAAAACCUUUUGGAAGAGGCUCAUAAAAAUGAAAGUGAACAUUUGCACUUUAAUACAAAAAGACCACAAGCUGAAAACGGACCAGAAAGUGCAGCAACUAUUGAGGCUCCUGGUAACUUAAAUUCUCCUGAAGACUGGCAAGGGAGCAAUGUCUAUGACAGAGAAAGACAGAGUUUUGAGAGCAAUCAAAGAUGUUAUGCUGGUUUUAUUUCUGCUAGAUCAACAAUGCAAAGGCCUUCUGUGCAUUCUACACUUAAUAUCCCGGGAACCUUAGUACAAACUGCAAAUAGAAGUGACAUGGUAGGCAAUGUGGAUGUUGCUACAAGUUCUGUGCAAAUCACAGAACUGAAUGGAAAUCCAAGACUAACUGCUCGCAGACAACUAUCUCCCAUAAGAAUCAGGGAUUCCUUUUCAGGUGCUGAAAGUUGCCAAUCUUCAUCACCCACAGUCAGCCACUUUGAUGAUAGCAAUCUGCUUGAUGACACUAUAAGCAAUGGUCUAAGUAGCAUAUCUCCAAGCAUUGCUUCUCAUGAUGAAGACAACUUUCUGAAUUCACACAGUUCCUCAUCAUCUACAGAUUCUUCUCCACCAUCUCUUUUUCGGACAAAUUUCACAGCACAUCUUCACAUGACUGGUCCUUUACCUGACCAAGUUCCAAUUUUCCUGACAGUAUCUGAUUUGCGAAAUCAAAGCAACUAUAUAAGCAAUACUACUAUGUGUAAUUCAGUAACUACCAAAGAUAUUAAUAAAGCUGAAACAGACCCUGAAAAGUUAAAAAAGUUGCAAGAGAGUCUCCUGGCAGAAGACCCUGAAGAGGAGGGAGAUCAAUGUCGGAUAUGCCAAAUUGCAGGAGGAUCUGUAACCAAUCCUCUGCUAGAACCUUGUGGAUGUGGAGGAAGUCUUCGAUUUGUCCAUCAGGAAUGUCUAAAGUCAUGGUUAAAGGCUAAAAUAAAAUCAGGUGCUGAGCUUGGUGCAGUGAAAACCUGUGAACUGUGUAAGCAGACUCUCACUGUAGAUCUGGAUGAUUUUAAUGUGAAUGACUACUACAGGAAUCACCAACAAUCUCGGGCCCAGGACGAGCUGAUGAACUCAGGCCUUUACCUUGUACUGCUGCUUCAUCUAUAUGAGCAAAGGUUUGCAGAACUCAUGAGAUUAAACUACAAUCAAGCCUCCAGAGAUAGGCUCUCAAGGCAACCUAGAACAGAGGAAAACCAAAAUCCAACCAAUUCUGCCAACAGUGGCUAAGAACUGUCAAGCAGGAUCUGAAGAAGUAAAUUCCUUUUAGAAAUCUCCUCUACACCCUUCCACUUUCACCUGUUGAUAACACCAGGCCAAAAUGAAUAUGUGCACCAUUCAUAUUCAGUGUCACCUUUUUAAAUUUAAAGCCUUCUAAGGGUCUGGGGUUGUUUGUGUGGUUUGGUUCUUGUCUUAAGUUGUAUUACUAACUUUUUUUCAAUACUUUGGAUUAUUAACAGCAAUUUGUAAAGUAUAAAUAUCUCCUACUGACUAGCCAGCAACUACUUCUCAAUCAACAACGGCUACAGUUUUGUUUGUGGGUACUUUUUAACUGAAGUUUAGCAAUCUUCUAGAUGGCUAGGUCCCUGUUUUUCUAUACUUUCUUUAGAAGCCAGUCUGCAUAAUUUUGGUAUGAAUCAGAGGCUUCUUGAAGAUCCAAAAUCAUUUGUAUAUUAAAAUAAAGUUGUAUGCCCCAUCUUAUCAAACAAUCUGUGAUACACAGAUGUAAAUGAACUGAUGUACUGUUGUAUGAACAUCUUGCCUAUGAUUUACAUGGCACAAGAAUUUAAUAAAAUACACAAUCUUUUGUUCUCUUUCCAGACACCACCUUACCCUUUUUGCAGAAUAGAUAGUUUGCUUAGUUAUAAUAUCACUGUUAUACUAUUUUAGGACCAGGGUAAAAAUCCAGUAGGUAUUUCCUUCAUAAGUGUAGUACUUAGAGUUUUUGAUAUAAACUCUCUUUACCUUGAGAUAAACCCAGAGUUUUCUUUAAACCUCACCUCUCUAAACUUCUUUAAAUCUCACCUAUUUUAUUUUGCUAUACAUUUAGUGGUUUUUUUCCUUGGCGAGAACUGUUUCAUGCUCAGUACUGCACAUGCUGUAAGUUCAUGAUGGUUUAAUGUUACAACAAUACCAACAACUGUAGUCCAGAAAAUUUAUCUCAUUUGGAGCCUUUACAACAUCGCCACUAAUUUCCAUGCUGCCAUAAUAAGCUAUUUUGAAGAACUUAUGCUUCUAAACCUAGAGACAGCUUUUGAAAAUUACAUUGCCAUAAAAUACAAAUCGUGGAACAUAAUUUAUAAAUACAGAAAGUAUUUUUGAAGAGUGUCUAUGCCCAUAGGAGGGAAUCCGAGAACACCGAUAAGGUACUUAAAGUACCCUUGUAGUUCAAACAUACCAUAUUGGUUACAGAUGCAUGAAUCCUUUGCAGAGAAAUUUCAUUUCUUUGUUUACACUUCAUAAACAGUGAAUGCCUUCAGUGAUCAAGCAUAGUGUAUCAUAGGACAGGAUGCAACCUUUUAAAGCUAUGCUGAAUAUCAAUUUCUUUUUUUAACUGAUCUUUUUUGUUUAUAUAUGAUAGUAAGUAUUAAAACCUUUGCAACUGCAUCCCUGAAAAUGAAUGCUUUAAAUAAACAUAUUUAAGAUUAAGUAAGCAUAUCUCAUAGAUACCGUCUAAAGCUUCAUUGGCAUUCUGAUUUUCAUCUUGCUCUAGAGUUGAUGCCUUAAGUGUUAAAUAUUCUGACUAUUCUCCUAAAGGAGUAAGUUGUGAAUCAAUUUUAGAGAUUGUAUUUUUAGUUUUCUAAUUCUAGUUAGUUUCCCUUUAUAUCAUCUCUCUAUAUACUAUAUUUUGACUUGAAUUAGCUACCUGUAUAAUUCAAAAGGAGCAAUAUUGCAUACUAUUAUAGAUGUUUGCAAUUAAACUGGGAUAAAUUGCAAAGUUUGGCUAAGGCCAGAAUUAAAUAGUACUGAUUUUUUAAAGUUCUUCUGCUUCAUACAUUACCUAGCACAAAUGAUUAUCUAUCCUUAUGGUUUUGAGUUCCAACUUGAGUUCCAUUGCAGAGAAAAAUUUAACAAUGCUUAUUUAGAUCACAUAACAUAGAAUCUUCCCAAUAUUAAUCAAAGCAAAGAUCGGCAUUGUAAUACAUUCUGAGAUAAUAAAAUAAAUCGCAAAGGGCUAAGAACUGUUUUGAUUCUUUGUGACUAUUAAAAACACGGGGAAAAAAACAUAUUGCUGAUAAUGAUGGGAAAGUAAGCUUUAUUCAAAAUACUUAUUUUUUUAAAAAAGCUAUAGCAAUCUAUUUUAAAAUAUGCCAGUUUCGUUUUUAGCACCUUUUCACAUUAUUAAAAACAAAUAGAAAAUAUUUAAACAAACAUUUUUCCAGUAUAUUGAAAUGCCUCCAUUAAUGGCAGUAUACUUCUCCCCUCCUUUAUGGAAUUAAUCAUUUCUAGUUACACUUGAUUUACUCUGAAAGCAAAUAAUAAGCAAGAAUAUACAGUAUAGUCAUUAUGGAUAGAGAAACUGAGGGAAUAGCAGCCGCUUGGAUAGCUGGGAGAAUGAAGAGGCUGAUCUUGAAAAGCUUUCCAUCCUUUCAGCUCUGCUAUUGCACUUUCUCCUUGAACACAUGUUAGCUGGCCUGCCUUGCACAAGAGAUGUUUUCAAGACAAUUCCCCUAUCAAACAAAA